AUGGAAGAGAGGAAGAAAGAGGAAAAACCAGAAGAGCAGCCUACAGAACCCGAAUCAGCUCUCCCAGAAGCCUUACUAGAAUUUCAAAUUGAGACAAAAGAAGCAGCAAUUGAUCAAGUUUUGUUUGACCUGAAACAAGUAGAAAAAAAGAACAAGGAAUAUCGUGAUAGAAAUGACCUUCUGAAGCAAGAACAGCAGGCACGCAUCAGGCGCAUACUAAGACAAAUAGAAGAAGAGGAGAAAGCACAAGAUGAAAAGGAGGUUGUAACUAGGGAUGAUGUGGAAGAGGCACUGAAAGCAAAAUGGCAGCAUGUUAAGGACAAAGAACAACUUCUGAAAGAUCUGCACUCCCAAAUUGAAGAAACUGGCCAAAGACUUUCAGUAAAGCAGAGUGAGAGGGAUUAUUGGUUGGAGUACAAAAAUGUAGGAAGUAAAAUACAGGCCAACAAGAUUAAGAAUCUGGAAAAAGACAUUAAGGAAGUCAAAGAUGACCUUCACAGAGCAACAGAAUAUUACAGAAAUGCUUUGAACACAGUGAAAGAAGAAAAUGACAGACUGGUUGAGAGGCACACGAAGUUAAGUAAGGAACAGGCCCCUGAGAAUGCUGUAAGAUACUUAGACAAAAACAGUUGCAGAGAAAUUGAAGAGAAUGAAUGGCUGAAAAAAGAGGUUAAGAUGUACCAGAAGGAAGUAAAUGAUUUGAAAGCCUCUAUUCAGCUCCUGGAAGAAGAAAAUAUCGGUUUAGUGACAAAACUGAUUGAUGGCAGACUUCAGAAUCUGAGAGUGCCCAGGCAUUUGUUUCUUACCCAGGCAGCUGGCUUGCAAGAUGAAUUUCCUAAGGAUGAAAUGAAAGAAGUAGAAUACAGAGAGUAUGCAGCAAAGACAGAUGGAGAUGAAAGCAUCAGAAGUGCCACAGUCUCCAGUCAGAAAAAACCUGCCUUUCCAAAGUUUCAGUCUAAAACAGAGAAUGAGGCGCCUCAAGACAGUGAUGAGGAGAUGUGGGAAAAUUCAUUCACUCCAACUCUUGAAGGCUUGUUGCAUGAAGAUGAAAAAGAUUUCCAGGAAUACUCAAAACUGGGUCCUCUGGAGACAAAGCUAAUGUGUGUGGUUGGAAGAGCCAUGCCCAUUCAUAAAGAAGAAAUGCCAGGCAGGAGCCACGCAGAAGAUGGCAUUAUUGGUAAAUCAGACAGGCAUAUCACAGCUCAGAUGAUUAAGGCCUUACCUAAAGAAAAGGUUGGUUAA